AUAUCCAGCUGACCCGCCUUAUCCCCAUUUUAGGGUUUAUCAGCCAGUGUCCUUUCUGCUCAGUCGGAAUUCCUACCAGCUUCUCUCGGAUGGCCGUCGCUGCGCCAUUCAUUCUCUCUCAGCGCUCCGUGUACAGAUUAAGCCCGUUUUUCUCUACUACUCGCUCCAGUUGCUUAGGAAUUACAUCGUUCCGCUGGCAUCUAAGCCGCCCGAACAAGAAAUGCUUCUCAAUGGCGGCUAUGAGGAAUGGUAUAUUCAACUCUCCAGAAACUGCAAAAUCUUUCGAUUUUGCAUCAGAGGAACGAAUAUAUGACUGGUGGGAGUCUCAAGGUUAUUUCAAGCCUACUUUUGAUCGUGGAGGGGAUCCUUUUGUUAUACCCAUGCCACCUCCAAAUGUUACUGGCUCGCUGCAUAUGGGACACGCAAUGUUUGUAACUCUUGAGGAUAUCAUGAUUCGAUACUUCCGCAUGAAGGGCAGGGCCACACUUUGGCUUCCAGGAACUGAUCAUGCUGGUAUUGCAACUCAGUUGGUAGUGGAAAGAAUGCUUGCAUCUGAAGGCUUAAACAGGACAGAUAUGAGUCGGGAAGAGUUCAUCAACAAAGUUUGGGAAUGGAAGGAGAAGUAUGGCGGAACAAUUACAAAACAAAUUAGAAGAUUGGGCGCAUCUUGUGAUUGGACUAGGGAACAUUUUACACUUGAUGAGCAGCUAAGUAGGGCUGUAAUUGAGGCUUUUGUUAGACUUCAUGAAAAGGGACUGAUAUAUCAAGGUAAUAUCAACAAAAGCAUAAAAUACAUGUUAUCUUUAUUACAUGUGAAGCCCCUUAAUUUGAAUGAAUGUGAACUCUUAAACAUCAAAGCACCUUUUGGUGUACCAGUUGGAUUUUCAUUAAAAGCUCUAAAGCUAAGUGUGGUCAUAUGUGAGCACUCUCAUGAUGAGUGA